UGCUUCUGAUAGAGGAAUAGGGGAGUUCUGGACGAGAUGCCGUCAGUGUCUGGUUUUAUUUCCAGUGUCCCUGUCAUCUCGGGCAAGUUGGGACUGUCCAAACGAUUAAGGGCGACCUCAUUCUAUUUUACGCGAAGGCCGCGUCUUCCGGCUGCACCAUCCACACCUUCGCAAAGAACGAUUAUCUCUGCAAAUUCUCUGGAAGAAUCCAAGCGACGGGCAAGAUCACAGUAUGACAAUAUUCCAGACCUGAACCAGCGGUACAUUUCCGAACUGGGGUGGGUGGAACGAAAGUACGGCCCCAAGCGGCUUAAGAAGAAAAUCAUCAAAGAAGCUCAACAGUCAAUUCUUCGCCCAGAUGGGCCGUCUGCCCCCUCAGCAUCGCGUACCACUAAAAUAGAAGAACCCGGCUCAGAUGGCAACGGGGAAGCCGAUUUAGAGCAGUACAACAGGAUUCGCAGUGAACUUCUCGUCAACACAAUAUUUGUGGGCAUGCUUGGUUUUUGCGUCGCAUGGGGCUUCGGAACUGUCAAGGAAGUGCAAUCGUUUAUGAUGGGGCUGGUGGGUUCGAUGGCGUACGUGUAUCUGUUGUCAAGAAGCGUGGACCGGAUGGCUACGGCAGCUCGGGAGACCGGAACGAUGAGCGGGGACGCGUUGCAACCUGCGCGCUUGGCGAUUUUGGUGCUGUUGGUGAUCGCUUCGGCGAAGAACAGCGAUAAAUUGUCUGUGCUGCCGGUUUUGUUCGGGUUCUUUACGUACAAAGUAGCGACGUUACUUCCGUUGCUUACAGGCGAAGCUUUUGAGUAGCGCGGACGCGGGUGCACCAGCGAGGAAUGUUUUUGGGUUUAGAAUUGAAAGUAAGUCUAUGUACGGUAGUAUUGAAAAGAUGUGUAUUGAGCAAAGUAAACGCUGAUUUAUGUUGA